AUGUCCUCGUUAAAAAAACUCAUUGGAAGGACAGUUGAAUUUCAUGGAUGGCUUGUUAGUGCGAGUAGGCGAAUUUCAAAAAAUACCAAGUUUAUGCAAUUGCGUCAACCUGGAGGUGAGUUGAUUCAAUUGAUCGAUAAAAGACCACCAGAGCAACGAGCGGGUGAUGCAAAAACGAAUUGCUCUCCUACCGGGAACCUCCCAGCAGAAAGUGUUGUUCGUGUUCGAGGUCUCGUAUGCAAACGCCCACUGAAAGACCAGCGGCCAGGACAAGAAUGCGAGGUUGAAGUUCAAGAUAUUGAGUUAUUGAAUGCUGCUGACAGUCCGCUCCCUUUCAAUCCUCUCCAACCGCCAUCAAACAUUCUCACUUGCCUUCGACACAGGCAUUUAUAUCUUCGUUCUCCUCUGAUGCAAAAGAAUCUUCGAUUGCGUUCAGAACUGUCUUACCAAAUUCAUUCGUUUUUUCAUGAGCAUGAAUUUUGUGAAGUAGAAACACCCCUUUUGUUUAAAAGUACACCAGAGGGAGCUCGUGAGUUUCUUGUUCCAUCACGACAUGACCCUGGCUGCUUUUAUGCGUUGACUCAAAGUCCUCAACAAAUCAAGCAAACACUGAUGGCAAGUGGCUUUCAUCGCUAUUAUCAAUUCGCGCGUUGUUUUCGUGAUGAAGAUUUGCGAGCCGACCGACAGAUUGAGUUUACUCAAAUUGAUAUGGAGAUGGCCUUUGUCUAUAAUCGAGAACAAGUUAUGUCAGUAGUAGAAGCCCUGAUACGAUUUUUGUGGAAACGUGUGCUAGGCCUCGAAUUAAAGUCUUUUCCCCGAUUAACUUAUAAAGAGGCAUUGGCACGAUAUGGCACCGACAAGCCAGACUUACGACACGACACUUCAUUCAAAUGUCUUAACGAAAUACUACAAUUAAAUUUGCAAAACGAUGUUCUCAUAGAAGCAUUCCUCGUGAAACAAGGUGGUCAUCAUCUUUCGGAAAGCUUUUGCAAAACACUGAAACACAAUUCCAAACAAAAACUGAAUUAUAUUCACGUAAAAAAUGAAAAUAUUAUGCAUUCAUGGUCUCAACAACUUCCAGAAACGAAGUUGAUGCCACACGAGACGACACGGUUAAAUGAGUUCCUUGGUUUGGAAGUUGGAGACAUAAUAUUCGUGUCCUCUCGACCUUCACAUUCGCCUUUUGCAAUGACUGCGCUUGGCGAAGUAUACCCAUUGGUACAUAAAGCUUUGACUGAAAUGAAGGUUGCUCCGAAAUUAAAUGAACAUGAGUUUGCAUUUACAUGGAUUGUCGACUUUCCGUUAGUGACACCUGACGCUUCAAACCCAAAUGCAUGGAAAGCAACCCAUCAUCCAUUUACUGCACCACACCCAGAGGAUAUUCAUUUGUUACAAAACAACCCUUUGGAUGCACGCGCUCUGAGCUACGAUCUAGUUGUAAACGGUAUCGAACUCGGUGGAGGAAGCAUUCGAAUUCACGAUUACCAACAGCAGUAUGAAAUAUUACGAGAUGUGCUCAAGUUGACAGACACAGAAAUCCGUUCCUUUGAACAUCUAUUUACCAUUCUUCGCAGCGGAUGUCCACCGCAUGGCGGAUUUGCUUUAGGCUACGAUCGCUUGGUCGCACUUAUGGCCGGUUGUCGCGAUAUCAGAGACGUAAUUGCUUUUCCUAAAACAGCAAGCGGAAAAGAUUUACUUUUUCAAAGCCCAGGUCCCGUUUCAUCAUCACAAUUGACAGAGUACAAGUUACAGCUCCAACCUUCAAAUGCCGUAUAG